AAGAGAGGAAAAAAAUUCGAUCAAAAUAAAUUUUUAACAAUUUAUUUUUUCGUUCUAUUUUUUAAGUGAAAUUUGUAAUAUUUACUCAACCUUAGGUCGAGGGCGAAGAACUAUAUUUCUUAGCAAUGUUUGUUGACUAGUUAUUGACCUUUUGAUGUACUCUGUUUACAUGCAAUAGAGAAUGGGGACUGUUUCAGAAGAGCCCAAGCAAGGGCACAUAUACUUGCAAAAUGAUGUCUCGGGUGAAUUUGACAAAGUGCUGGCCACUUCCAAACACAGCUCCGUAGACACAUUUCUCGAACACCUGAUGGACUUAUAUACUAAAGCAUCAAAAUCGACUCAGUGUGUUGUAGUUCGCACCGAAGUUGCUCAACGUUACACAGCUUUACUGUGUGAAACACGAUUUCAAACUAGCGAUGAUUUAAUGAAACACCUCUUAAACUUGCAUGUUGAGUACCUCAAAACAGCCAGUAAUAAUAAUACCAAAGAAACACGGGAACGCUCAGUGCCUAGAAAAAGUCGAAAGUCACAGCCAAAACGUAACAUAAAACAUACAGCUUUAUUAGAUUCGGAAGACUCCGGUGACCAUUUGACUGGAUCUGUUACAGAAGAUCCUUGGCGUGAAGUGUCAGUCAGUAGCGUGGAAGAGUCAGAAACUGAAACUAGUGAGGUAGACUUGUCAAGAGUGAAACAAGAAGUCAUUGAUGUUGAUGACACAAAUGUCAAAAAUUCAGACAAAGAUGAAGUCAGGGAUGCGGGGCCUGUAUGUCUGACGCUGCGCAAACCAACAUGGGCACGAGAAUCGCAAAUUGAAGUUGUAGAGCAAUACCAACACAGUAUUGAGGAGUACAAUCCUAAAUCAACAAGACAGUUCACACAGCCAAACUGGAGAAGUCGCUCAGAGCCAGUCGGAAGACAGAAUGCUGUUGCCCAUGUGAAACAAGAAUUAGUGCCACUUCAGGUCAUCCCUUGUGCUGAUAAUUCAAACAGCUUUGAGGUUGCAGUGCGGGAAUCCAUGGAACCUGCAGAUGAGAAGUUAUAUGAUAAUAGUUCUCUUGUGGAUGAUGAUCGUCUUGGAUAUAAUUAUGUAUUGAAUAGUCUUGCCUCAAGCCCAGGACCAGAAGGGCAACGGUCAAACAGUCUUCCAUCAAGUCCAGUACAGGUGCCAGUUAAUUAUCUGAAAUCCAACCCGUAUACCAUAUCAUCAGACGAGGAAGAAGCAGAAGACUUAACCAUUUCUACUCCAGACCAACCUCAUAACUUAUCAACGUUAAAACCUCAAAUACAGUAUGCUGGUAGCAAAGGACAAGACACUCUUGUAAAGUAUGAUAGCAAUGCCAAUGCUGUCCCAGUCACCCAGUUUCCAAAUGGACAGUUUAUUUCACAGACACCAGUAGCAAUACCUCAAAAUCUGAUUUUUCAUGAUCAGCAAUCAUCAAACAACCUCGUAGGACAACCACAGGUUCUCCAUUUUGCUCAAAGUAAUCAAGGCUCUGCAGCUCAAAUGGUAACAAAUAGUGGGAAAGAGCUGUCUCGUGGGAAUCCCCCGCCAUUGCUUGUGACUGGUAUGCCACCAUUGCAGUUGGUCAAUAUACGUGGACCACCACCACUCACCUCACCUAUUUUGAUAAGACCAGGACUCCCUGCACCAAAUACAACUUUCAAGUUUCAUAAUACUACACCUCAGAUGUUGGCUGCAGCAAAUGCAGUUGUUUCACCUCCAAACAAUGCAUCUCAACAGAGAGAUGUUACCAGCCCGGUAAGUGCUGGACAGAGCAGUGAUGGCACAUCGCCUCAACAGCUGAAAAGGAAACGAAAAAGACUGGAGGAUACAACUGUCUUCCGAGACCCACAAGAAGCCUCACUACCAUUCAAUGGGCCCAACAAGUACAGGUUCUAUUGUGAUGUCUGUGACACAGGUUUCACAAGGAAAUACACCUUUAAUCGUCACAAAUGCAAGGGACGAGUAGAGAAACAUUAUUGUCAACUUUGCGAUAAGGCCUACCUCUCGAAAUACAAGCUGAAGGAUCAUAUACUGGUAAAGCAUGAGGGUCAGACGGUCAGCUGUCCAGAAUGUGGCAAGAGGUUUUCAUCACGCUCAUCAAUGGAAAUGCACAAAAAGCAACAGCACGAGGGACAGUACAGUAUCUUCUGUAAAGUCUGUGGGAAAGGAUUUAACCACACGGGGCAUUAUUAUGGUCACAUGAAUAAGCAUACCAACACCAAACCAUUCUGGUGCCAGCAGUGUGGAAAGAGAUUCUACGGCUCCUCAUACCUUCAUAAUCAUAAGCAGGUGUGUCGAGGAAAUAACGACCUCAACUACUCCUGCUCGAUCUGUGAGCGAAAAUUCAAAUGCGAGCUGUACUUAAAGAAGCAUAUGAAGAUUCAUGACAACACACCUAUCAUCUCUAAUCCAAAUGUAACUAAAGUAAAAGAUGAAGAUCUCGCAAAGGCUGGUGUUAAAGUUGCCGAUCCUACGACGGUGAAUGGCGCAGUAUUUCCAGAAACUGGUCAGCCAGUCUUUCCAAAUAUUCCAGAUGUCUCUGAUUCUAAUUCGAACUCUAAUUCUGGAGCACUUCUGAUUGAUGAAGAAAGUCAGAUGGAGAUAGAUUCAUUCAAUAAUGAAACUGCUGCCAUUGGUGCAAAGCAAGCUGUGGUAGCAUGAGACAAACAUUUUUUAAUGCAUUAAUUACUUUUUCAUUUGAACCUGUGUUUUUUUCCCUGCUUCUUUUUUUUGGUGUUGGAUUGUUUGUGAUUUUUCCUGCUAUGCCCUUGAGAGAGAUGGACAGAGAUAGUCCUUCCUGGCCCCUUUUAAAACAGUGUUGACAGUACAUGGACAUAAUCCAAAAAAUUCAAAAGGCAUUCAGUAAUGGCAUUUUUCAUCAAGUGAAAGGAAGUGGAUCUGGAAGGGCAUUAGGACAAUUUUCAUUUUGCUUGUACUUGAGAUAUAAUUGUGUUUAGAAUUUUAGUUGAUUUUGUUUUCUUUGUGUCUUGACCUCAUUGGAUAUGACUAGCUUUAUUUUUUUUUCUGCUAAUGCCUAUUUUUGUAGAUGCAUGAACUGUUACUGAUGCUAAUGAAUGAAUUAUGUUUUCUUUUAUACAGAAUGCAUUUUUAUGAAGCUCUGAUGUUAUGUUAUUAAGACAAAUGAUUGUAAUGCAAAAGUGUUAUAUUUGAUAAUGUGUAAAAAAAUUCUUUUUAGGAAUAAUUACUUUAGAGAAUAGAUAGCAAAUGGCUCUACUUUUCACUCAAAAACUAUUUUCUCAUCUAGUUGAGCUUAAAGUUGAAUUCACAAAUAUUACAGCCCUUAAGAGUUUCAUAUUUAGUAAGAUUAAAUUGGAAUUGUUUAAUCAUAGAAUUCAAUGAUUAGCAUGUUUGUAAUGGAAAAUAAUCCUAAAAAAAUACCCACACAGCACUUUUUUUGGAUAAAAUUUGGAUUUUUGCAUAAUGAUAAUAGUGGUAUUUAGAUGCUCUGUAAAAUCCCAUUACAUUUACUUCUAAAAGGUUCUAAAGAGAACAAUGGGAGAACAGUGGGAAUGUCAAGAUUUGAUUUGCUGUUAGGAACAUUACGAAUUGAAUGGCAAGAUGAUGUAAUAUAUGUAUAAGUGUACAUAUCUGUGAGAAAUGAGCAUCUCCGAGAUAACUCUACAGACAUUGUUUUUGAAAUUACCUCAUUAUACCACCUACAUACAAAGCAUAUGGCAGUAUAUUACGAGUUUCACACAUCUGUCUUGAGUAAUACCUCAAAAACUGUUCAAUGCUUUUAUAAAUAUCCACUGUUAUAAUAGGGCAAGAUACAUGCUUAACUUAGGUCAAGGUCACACAAAGAUAAAAGAUGGAAUAGUUAUAUUUUAUGUCUGCUCAGUGUCCUCUAAACUGCAGGAAGGAUUUUCAUAAAGCUGGCCUCAAUUCUGUUGUUAACAUCAAGAGGACAGGCAGAGAACAUAACACAGGUCUGUAGAUCUAAAGUCAAGGAAAGACUUGGAGGUUAAAUGUCAGAAAGCCUGAUUUCUUUCAUCCAUAUUUCUGCAAGGAUUAUCAUAAAACUUGGACCCCAUGAAGUUGACAUGCAAAGUGCAGCAUGUUUGAUAAACUGGAAGUAGUGGUGUGAUGACAUUUAUCAAGAUAAUGUAGAGUAAAUCUUGGACUCUGCAUACAGAAAUAAAAAUCAUUUUAUGGCAAUCCAUGAGUUAAUUUUUUAAUUGGCAAUGCUGUUAUCUGUUUAAGGUUAAAAUGUUUGACACAAUAAAUAUCACCUAAUAAUGUCUUGAAAUUGGCUUGAAAUCUGUCGAUCUGUUUUAAUCAUGGGCAGAUAUUUCAAAAACAAGCACACAACUAUAUAUUUUAUUUCACUAUAUAAACCACAUGUUUAUAUACGACUUGAGAAGUUUCAUUAAAAUCUACAUUGUAGAAAAAUUUCUUAUCAAAAUAAUGAUGAUCCAAAUUUUUCAAAUCAGUCUAGUCAAAUAUAAAGCAUACAACUCUAUCUGUUUUUUUUACCAAAUCUAAGUAUAUUCUGAGGUAUUGAAAAAUCAUGGUUUAAUUGUAUUCUACAUUGCAGAACCGCAAUACAGAAUUACCUUAAGCUUAUGCUUGGACACUAUGUAUUUUGGUAUAGGAAUAUAUUAGCCUCUCCAAAGACUCUGUUCUCUGUCUCAAGUUUAUUUAGAGAUCUUAGCAAUGUACUGUUCAUAGUUUGCACCUAAUGAUCUAGGUCUUGUACUCUGCAUGGAUUAGUUUCCAGUUUCAUUAAAAUCCUUGCCUAGUAUAUUGAUGGACACUGAAAUCAUUUUGUCAUACCAGAGGUCUGCUGUGCUUCUCUGGAGACCACAUCAAAUGAAUGAGGUAACAUAAAAUAAGCAAUAUGCUCUUGUGCUCUUGUUUUUAAAAUGUGUUGAGAAAAGUGUGGAGUGGUGAUGAGAAGCUUGAAAUACCAAAGAUAAAGAUACUAUCUACAUUUAAUUAGCAUUAGCUUUCACAUAGUUUUACAUUUUUAAUAAAAGAAAUCUUGAAAAAUUUGAAAAAAAAAUGAUUUAACAUUUUCAUACCCUUGCAUCUGUGUACAUUUGAUCAUGUACAAACAUAUAUUUUUUCAAUGAGUUGCGGUGUUGUUUUAAAUUAUGUUCUUUAUUUACUUAACAGAAAUAUUUUUGUAUAUUGUAGAAUGUUAACUUUUGCCAAGUGGCCUUAACCAAAGGCUCAUAAUGAGCUGUUGUGACUGCAUUCUGUCUGUGAGCAGAUUUGCUUUUGGCAAUGAAAUAUAUACUUAUUUCAGUAACUUACAUAUAACCCUAUUCAGGUGAACAGCAGUUUACUCUGAUACAAUUCCGGCAGUGUUAUUAUCUGGGCAUUAUUUUCUUCUAACCUCUAGUGUACAAAGUUUUAGAACUGCUGUUACCUUGUUAAGAUUUUUUUAUUAUUGAUUUUUUAGAAAGAAUUCUGUUGUAUUAUAUAUAUACAUUUGUAUUCAGACAGUAUUUUCUAGCAGUUUGAUGAAUAAAGCAAUUUUGUACAUUUUGUGAUUUUAAACAAACAUUCCAUACUUUGUGAGUUUUUAUAAAGAUGAGCUAUGUAUAUAUUUGAAAUGUUGUGUUUGCGAAUGAAAUUUGUUCAUUUUUACAUUUUUGCACUAAGCUUUUAAAAAGCAGUUUUGAGACUAUGAAAAGUACAAUUUUGUAUCACACACUACUUCCACUAACUUUCUGAUCAAAACUCUAAAACACAGGUCAGAACAUUUUUCAAAGAAUCUAGAGAAGCCAAGGCAACACAAUCUGCUGUAAGUUGUUCCAGCUUGAGAGGUUCUUGUUUAAUUUAUUAAUAUUUGAAGGCAGUAGAUGCAUGAAAGAAUGUAUAGGCGGUCAGUACUAUAUUAAGAAACUUGAUGUCUGUUGUAACAGUGUUAAGGUAAAUUGAUAAAUUCUCAAUGUAGAAAGGUUAGUGGAAGCUGGGUAUAUGUGCCAUGUAGAGUCUCUUCCAAUAAUAUCCAAGUCUUCCACUAGGAGGUAUGUUACCAUAGCCUAGGUUCUAUCUGAGAUAGAUUUUUAGUUGAUUCCUGUAUUUUUAUUGGCCAUCAACAUAAAUUUGUAUUGUUAUGGUCAGUGUGUGUAAUGUUAAGGACCAUCAGAAAUUUCCCUUUUUGUUACUGAAUCUUCAAAACUAUAUUUGUAUCAUAGUGUUGGACUUUUAUGAUAUUUCUUUGUAAAUACCUCAAGCUUAAUACUUGCUCAGGGUAGCUUCGGAAGUUAGCAGUGAAAGUUUUUUAUAACUAAAAGCUUGAUAACUGUUUUUUUUUUACUUUUCCAUGAUUAACUCCCCCUGAGCACAAAGUUCUCCAGGGUGAGCUGUUGUGAAUGCCCUUUGUCUGUCAUUGCACGUCAGCAGUUGUAUUGUCAACACAUUUUAGACUCAUUUCUUGAGCAUCUCCCAAGAAACUUACGCAGAAUGUAUAUUUCUGUAAGAUCGUGGUCAUAUUUUGUAAUGGUUGACAACUAAGUUAUAUCCCUUGAAAAUUGUCUUAUCCAGAGUCCACAUUUUCUAUCUGAUACAUGUGAAAUUUGGUAAAAUGUGUGAAGUUUGAAACUGGGUCAUCUAGUGUGAAAAAAGGUUAACAUUAGGGACCACAUUUUCUAUCUUAUCGACACAAAACCUGGUCAGGAUGUUCAUUUUUAUGAAAUCUAUGAUUAUCAAGGGUUAAACGUACUAAGCCUGGUCAUAGAAUAAAGUUUUAAACCCUCCAGAGCCACUUUAUCUACUAGAUCUACAUUGUAAGAAUUUCAGUCUUUAUGAAAUCAAGAUUAUUGUUUUUCAUUCAUUAUGCUUUUUGUAAUUGAUACCUAUGAUGAGACAGUGUACCUUGACGCUUUUGUUGAACUUGUAUCAUUUUUUAAGGUCAAGUUCACAUGGUUUGUUUCCUGUUUACCUGUCUGAGGCAUAUCCAUCAUAUUUUUGUACUAAAUUCAACAGUUACCUUUAAUAAUUCUGUGCAUCAAGAUUUAGGUCAGGUGAGCGAGUUGGAACCUGUCAUUUUCGUCAUUUACUAUUGUUGUUGAAUGAUCUUUUUAAAAAUGAAAUAUGCAUAAUACAUUAUUAGCUCACCUGUCACAUAGUGACAAGGUGAGCUUUUGUGAUCACGCAGCGUCCGUCGUCCGUCCGUCCGUGCGUUAGUCCGUCCGUCCGUAAACUUUUGCUUGUGACCACUCUAGAGGUCACAUUUUUUGUGGGAUCUUUAUGAAAGUUGGUCAGAAUGUUCAUCUUGAUGAUAUCUAGGUCAAGUUCGAAAGUGGGUCACGUGCCAUCAAAAACUAGGUCAGUAGGUCUAAAAAUAGAAAAACCUUGUGACCUCUCUAGAGGCCAUAUAUUUCACAAAAUCUUCAUGAAAAUUGGUCAGAAUGUUCAUCUUGAUGAUAUCUAGGUCAAGUUCGAAACUGGGUCACGUGCCAUCAAAAACUAGGUCAGUAGGUCAAAUAAUAGAAAAACCUUGUGACCUCUCUAGAGGCCAUAUUUUUAGCUCACCUGUCACAAAGUGACAAGGUGAGCUUUUGUGAUCGCGCGGUGUCCGUCGUCCGUCGUCCGUCCGUGCGUCCGUGCGUCCGUAAACUUUUGCUUGUGACCACUCUAGAGGUCACAUUUUUCAUGGGAUCUUUAUGAAAGUUGGUCAGAAUGUUCAUCUUGAUGAUAUCUAGGUCAAGUUCGAAACUGGGUCACGUGCCAUCAAAAACUAGGUCAGUAGGUCUAAAAAUAGAAAAACCUUGUGACCUCUCUAGAGGCCAUAUAUUUCACAAGAUCUUUAUGAAAAUUGGUCAGAAUGUUCACCUUGAUGAUAUCUAGGUCAAGUUCGAAACUGGGUCACGUGGGGUCAAAAACUAGGUCAGUAGGUCUAAAAAUAGAAAAACCUUGUGACCUCUCUAGAGGCCAUAUUUUUCAUGAGAUCUUCAUGAAUAUUGGUCAGAAUGUUUAUCUUGAUGAUAUCUAGGUCAAGUUCGAAACUGGGUCACAUAGGGUCAAAAACUAGGUCAUUAGGUCUAAAAAUAGAAAAACCUUGUGACCUCUCUAGAGGCCAUAUUUCUCAAUGCAUCUUCAUGAAAAUUGGUCAGAAUGUUCAUCUUGAUGAUAUCUAGGUCAGGUUCGAAACUGGGUCACGUGGGGUUAAAAACUAGGUCAGUAGAUCUAAAAAUAGAAAAACCUUGUGACCUCUCUAGAGGCCAUAUUUUUCAUGAGAUCUUCAUGAAUAUUGGUCAGAAUGUUCACCUUGAUGAUAUCUAGGUCAAGUUCGAAACUGGGUCAUGUGGGGUCAAAAACUAGGUCAGUAGAUCUAAAAAUAGAAAAACCUUGUGACCUCUCUAGUGGCCAUAUUUCUCAAUGGAUCUUCAUGAAAAUUGGUCAGAAUGUUCACCUUGAUGAUAUCUAGGUCAAGUUCGAAACUGGGUCAUGUGCGGUCAAAAACUAGGUCAGUAGGUCUAAAAAUAGAAAAACCUUGUGACCUCUCUGGAGGCGAUAUUUUUCAAUGGAUCUUCAUGAAUAUUGGUCAGAAUGUUUACCUUGAAGAUAUCUAGGUCAAGUUCGA